UGAACAGACAUGAAGAAAUUUUAAAUGAAAUAUCUAGAAAAAUGUCGAACCGCUCUGUGGAAGUUAAUAACAACAACCACAACUAUCGCCAUGGAUACGCGGCCAGUGACGAGACAUCAACUGAUUCUUUGUCAUUAAGUACAACUACUGAAAACACAGAAUCUACAUUUGAUGCCUUCUUGCAGUCGGAGCACAUUAAUUUUGUGGAACGUCUUCAUAUAAAUGCUUUUCUGGACAGCCUCCUGGAAGACUAUAUCCUUUCACCGUCUGACCAUGAGAACAUCAGAAAACUGAGCCACAAUAGAAAAGACCAGGUUCGGUUUCUUUUGAUGCGUCUUCGUCGUUACGGUCCACAGGUUUUCCAGCGUUUCAAAAACAUUCUUGAGAAGACGGAUGACGAAUGGUUGAAUACUAUCUCGGACGUCAGGACGGAUGGAGAAUGUUUUAAACAAGACUGCGUCGCCUGCACAAUAGCAAAGAAGGUUGAUAUCCGUGACUCCAUAGAUGUACUGUAUAGUAAGGGAUUGGUACACCAUGACACAAUGGAGGCAAUGCUGAGCUCUCUCAGGACAUCAGAAAGUGUCUGGAGACUGGUUUUUAGAGACAUUGACAAACACGGAGGCUUGUGGACACAUAUGGAAACUGUGCAAGAAGCUAUAUCUCCACAGUACAUUGAUCUUAAAGAGAAACUAAGCUACAUUAAAGAGAUUAUGCUGUGUUCUUCUUGCAAAGGUGCAUAUCCAGUCUCAAGUUCUAGGAGCAAUCUUACCACUAGCAGUUCUGAUUCGAUACAAACAGUGCAAAAAGAUGUGGAUUCAAAUCAAUUACCGAACUUCAGUUUUAAUCUUGAGAGAAGAGAAAAGUUGGAAAAAGAAUCAAAAAAUUAUGACCAUGAAGAUCAUUUAGGCGCAGAAGAUAAGGCAGACCAAUCGAAGAAGGCCGACCUUAGAAGGUUUGGGUUUGCACCGGAGUCCAUGAGCAGCAACGGAACACAAACUUUGGAUGACUUGUUGCGUUUCCAUGAAGAUGAAAAACCCUGCUCACAAACCUUGAAAACUGUCGUACCCGGAGUCCUGCGCCGUACACAGUCGGACAGGAGGUUCGACAACUAUCGUCCUAUUUCCUCUAGCGUCCGUCGAAGUCAAUCGGACCGAAAACAGAAAGAAGUUCAAACCAGAGUACAUAUGUUCGGAAGACUUGCUAUGGACAACCCACCAAAUUAUAACCGUAAUUUGAAUACAUCUUUUCCUGUAAAGGCCCAAAGGGAACCGUGUUUGUCUCAUUCUGCAAAAGCAGUUUAUCGUUCACACAGUGAUAGGAGAGAAGACAGGAAGUCUUACGUACAUGUAGGAAGAAGGCGCCACACACUUUCUGGAAUGAAUAGCAACAUGUUUCAAUAUAGGCUAACGGACUCCAAAACAUGAUUAAUCAGUCAGAUUUGUCGAUGUUCUUACAUCUAUUGAU